CUGCCGGCGCCGCCUUGGCAACCGCGGGGCGGCAAGAUGGCGGACGAGCUGGAUCGGCUGCUGGACGAGGUGGAGAGGCGGCUGUGGCACCGGCCCGGCGGCGGCGAGGAGCAGCCCGCGGCGGCCAAGGAGGGCAGAUCAGCUAAAGUGUCAGUGAGUGCUGACAGCAGCGAAGAAGAUCUAGACGACAUUAUUGAUGAAAUCUGUAAUGACAGCAGCUUUACCAAAACACCUGUGAAAUUGAAGUCUAAUUCUGCAAGUCUCACACCUGAAAGAAACAGUGUUGUUGUACAGGCACAUGGGAAAAAAUGCUGUCCAGUGUACCUGGGUGGAAGCUUUUCACCAUCUGGGAUAGGAACAAAUAUUUCAAAAAGAACGUGUGAUCAGCUACGUUGUACUGCUUGUGACUUCCGUGUGUCACUUUUCAAUGACUACAUCUGGGAUCAGUCCUGUGAUUAUCUCUUUUUCAGGAAUAACAUGCCUGAGCUCAGUAAACUAAGAGCAAAGAUGAUAAAGAAGAAAGGAGCACGUGCAUAUGCUUGUCAGUGCAGCUGGAGAUCCAUUGAUGAAUUAACUGACCUCCAAACAGAGCAGCAGCUUCGGUGGGUUUGUGGUAAACAUGGAGAAUGAAGUCUUCUUGUGUGGGAUACCUACUUGUGUGUAAAUAGCUCUUAAAAUCAAUUAGUUUCCUACCCAGUUUUCCGAGAACAGAUGGAAAAUUGAAUACUGAGAUCUAGAAAUAGAUUAAAACACCAGUUUUCAACCUGAAAACUUUUUUUUUUUUUUUCCCUUUUAUUUAACUGUCUGCAAGUAGUGUGGACAGUUGGAUUAUUUGGAGAAAUGGCCAACUUUGAGGCUUUUUGGAAGCUAAAUGCAAUUAAAGUUCACACUCAGCAGUGCUAAAGAAAAGAAGAAAUAACAGACUUGGGCAUGGGCAAAGCACCUUGAGACUGUUCCUCCUGUAAUAAGAGCCUUGUUUCCCAUGCCUGCAGAAUUUUGGACUCAAAAUGGUGGGUUGGGAAACAACCGUGACACAGUGGCAUAUGAAUUUCUGCACAGAAGUUAAUCCUGCUGUGGUGGUUUUACACUGAUUGAUAUUUGGUGAAGAAGGAAGAAACCACCCACAGAAAUCUGCUUUGUUCAUAGUUGCUAAUGAGCAAAUGGUUUUUAUCUCUUAAAAAAUUACUAUUGGAUCAGCUCUCAUCUUAAAGGUUUCACCACACCCUUUACUUUUAAGUUUACUACCAAAAUUUUACUUCCUUUUACCCAAAAGCAGCCAAAACUCCAGGUGUUUAAAAUUUUCUUCCAGUUCCUACUGCUUUCUUCAGAGCACUUUCUGCUGACUAAGGAUUUCUACCACAAUGAAUUUCUUUAAAUUCUCUUCAGCCCUCACUGCACAAGAGAUGAACAAGUUAUUGUGCAAUUAUUAAAUAAUGCAAUUUUAAAGAGAUUCUGAAGAGUAUAUUACUCUUUUGUUAAUAUUUUCAAGGGAAAAAGCUCAGGCUUUUAAGUGUGAGAAAAUAUAUAUAUUCUCACUCAUGUUCAAAAUUAUUUUUUUUUCAGUUUCACUUAGCUUUCACUUCAGCUUCUCUUCAAAAAAAUUCACAUUCAGAAAGUGUAACUGUCCUGUUUCCACACACUUCCUUCCCUCAGUAACAUUUUAUUGUCUUGCUUACAGUCAGUGUCACUACAGUUUAUUAGCUUUUUCUUUUCAUUAUGUAUAAAUAACAUAGAAGAUAGAUUUGAGAUUUAUGCAGGGGUAUAGGGAGGAAAGAAUAACCAGUCCUGUCAUUUACCACACUGAAAAGUGUCACAAUAUGGGAACUCUGUCAGUGUUUUUGCUGUGCAGUAUGUGUAUCUGUACAAAUAAAUUCAGUAUUACUUACUUUGGGCAAUUCUAGCUAUACAGAGCCAUUUCCCUUUCUCUGAAGUUUUGCUCAUUGUUCUAAUCUGUACAUUUGUUCCGUUUCUGAGAUUUUCCAAAACAAUUGUGCACUCUUAAAGAGGUGAUUCCUGUGUCUGUCGCCCUCUGAAAGAGCAGAUCUCAGUAGUGAUCAGAGGCAUCACGCGCUCUGCACCCUGCUUACCUUGUCCUUCUGUGAGUGCUUCUUUCAGAACCUGCAGAGACCCAGCAGUGUGCCUGGGAAGUCUGGCAGUGCUUCUUCAGUGCUCCAGGCUGCAGCCUCCAGUGCCCAUGCAGCCUGGCUGUAGAGUCAGAGGUGAGUUGGCUUUGGAGAGGUACUACUUGGCACCAUGGUAUAGACAUAUUUAGGGUCAUCUAUUGUUUCUAGUGAAUUUAGUAUUUCAGGCUGAAGUUUCAACUGCUAGAGCCCAAAACUGCAGGUUCAGGACCAGAGACCAGUUGACUAAUGCUACUAGAAGAUCUGUGCUUGCCUUUCUGUCCUUUGUGAAGAUGUAGCCCUGGUCUGGGCUGUACCCAGACCAGUAGUGGCUGCUCCUUGGUGUUCUUCAGGUGUCAAGUGACUUUCAUGCCUUGAGAGCUUCAAUGCUCAGAAUAAGAGAAGAACUCAGCAGUUGGUAACAAGCUCUGGGGAAGAAGAAAUCGCUUUCCAUUCUUCUUGAAGAAUACAUUUCAAAAAGUGCUGAGUUGGCCUGGCUUUUCUGUUCCAAGGCUAUUUGGAACUCAUGACCAAGUAGUUCCACAGGGUGUCUUUUGGCUAGAAUGGUACUGCAACUUGUGCUGCAGUGUAGAAACAAGCUGGGCUUGCAGCCUGUGAGCAGGAAAUGGGGAAAAUCCUAAUUUCCAUUUCAGUUCAUGAGACUGAGUCUUAUGUGACUUGGAAAGAGACCGUGUCUCCUGUACCCUGAACAUUCCCCUGAAAUAAUCAUGUUUAUUCAAGGGUAGUUAACUUGUUCCUGGCCUUGGUCAGAGUGCUGGGAUAUUACAGCAUUUUGUCCAAGGGAAAUGGUAAACAGGUACAGAAAUAGUGUUUCUGGUACAGGUUUUCAGAAUUUAUCAUAUUUCUAGAUUUGAGAAUAUUUGCUAUGACGUAAGAUACAAUUAUUUUGUUGGAAGAAGAAGCAGUAUUAAGAGUGGAUUUCCUUUCCUUUGCUUUCUUCAGUUACAUGUCACAAACCACUCCCAAGUCCUUGGAUUAAAAGGAAUGUAAAGAAAGAUAAAACUAGAGCUUGAAUGUUCAUUUGAUGAAGCUAUUGUCAGAUUGUACAAGGUUUUCAAGAUAUAGCCCAGACCCCAAGUGACAUUUCUGUGUCAGUUACAUUAGAUAGCAGGGAUUAUGUAGAGAAUUCUGUUUAAUAUGUAAAAAUUUCUUUUUUAAGAAUGCAAUUCAGCUGUUGUCAAAUGGAGUAUUGGAGUGUUGCUAAGUAUAAACAUGACCACUGUUUUCCUCCAAUUUUUUUGCUUUGGAAUAGUAAUACCAGUUCCAUUUGUGAAAUGGGCAAGGUGAAAAUUAAAGACUUUUAGUUUGAUUACUGAUAUACUUGAAAAUUUUCUAGCCUGUCCCAUUAAUCUGCAGCAGAUCCAUCAAAGAAACAAAAGCAAUGAAGGAUGACAAAAUUCCAUCAAUUUUUUAUAUGCUGCUCUGACUUACCUUUCACUUGUUUUACCUGCAAAUUAUGGAAGGUGAAAAUAGUUCAGAAGAGUCAUUAUUAAGAAUCGACCUGCCAUUAAAGUUAACUUAGAGAAGCAUCAUAACAUUACAUAUUGCAAGCUCUGCUCUGAGAAAAAAAAAAAAAAAAUUUUAAAUACCUAUUUUGGUUUUGUACUGAAGAUAUUCUGCAAAUGCUGCCACUUGCUGAAAGACUGCCACUUCUCUUGUUUCCUGACAUGUGAGUCUUUGGGUCAUGUAACCAGCACAUGUGGUAGUCACACAAUAUAAGAAGUGCUAUGCUUGGAGCUGCCUAUGCAAAUUUUUCUUCCUGCCAGGCUCUUUUUUCAGAAGACCUGGUGUUCUGUCUGUGGUCUGACACCUGAUAACUGCAGGCAGGUGGAGUAAAGAAACAUCAGGUGCUGAUCGUUUGUGAGGGCCACAUCUGCUGCCUAGGGUUUGGCAUGUAUGCUUUGAGAAAUUUUUUCAAAUGUCAGCACUUAAUGAAACAAAAAGUUGGAACAAAUCUGAA